UGCAUACAUGGCUGCCAUGUCCCAUCAUGCCCCCCUGAGGGUGCGGUGGACCAAUGGGGAGUGUCGAUGGGGGUGAUGAUGCAGGUUGUCCCCCCUGCUAUAAAGAGCUGCAGCGCCGUGUGGGCCCUCCUGAGCAGUUGGAGCAUUCCCAGCCUCGCCUCGGGUGGAGGGAUUGCACCGAGGGAAAGCAAAACUACACUGUGACCGUGUAGUUUUGUUUUUAUCAGGGGGGGGUCUGGAGGCUCAACCGUUCUCACCUGGGAUUUUUGUGGAAACAUUGUGGAUAAGGAGACAGUUUCCUGUCUGAGUCACCUGGGCUCCGUCCCAUCAGUCUGAGGCACUCUUGGAGAGACAAGGUGCCGACCAACAUGACAACACAGGCGCCGACGUUCACACAGCCGCUACAGAGCGUCGUGGCACUUGAGGGUAGUGCCGCGACGUUCGAGGCUCAAGUUAGUGGUACUCCAGUUCCUGAGGUGAGCUGGUUCCGUGAUGGCCAGGUUCUUUCCACCGCCGCUUUGCCCGGCGUUCAGAUCUCGUUCAGUGAUGGCCGCGCUGUUCUGAGGAUCCCCGCCGUGACCGCCGCACACAGUGGAAGAUUUUCUGUCAGAGCCACCAACGGCGCUGGACAAGCCACAAGCACCGCCGAACUACUCGUUACAGCUGAGACGGCGCCUCCCAGCUUCCUUCAGAGACUGCAGAGCUCCGCAGUGAGACAGGGCAGCCAGGUGAGGCUGGACGUCAGAGUCUCAGGUAUCCCAACACCUGUGGUGAAGUUCUACAGAGAGGGAGCCGAGAUCCAGAGCUCGGCCGACUUCAGGAUCCUCCAGGAGGGAGACCUGUACAGUCUGCUGAUCGCUGAGGCCUUCCCAGAGGAUUCUGGGACAUAUUCUGUGACUGCCACCAACAGCAGCGGACGAGCCACCUCCACUGCUGAACUGCUGGUUCAGGGUGAAGAAGCCGUUCCAGCAAAGAAAACUAAAACAGUGAUUUCGACAUCUCAGAUUUCACAGACACGUCAGACCAGAGUUGAAAAGAGGAUGGAGGCCAGUUUCCAGGCCACUGCCAUGAUGGAGAUGCAGGUGGAGGGCGCCGAGCUGACACAGCUGGCUCACAAGACUCCACCCAGAGUUCCUCCUAAACCCACGUCCAAGUCCCCGACUCAGCCCUCGCUGGUUGCCAAGGUGACCGCAGGACGCCAACAGUCACCAUCACCUGUCAGACACGUGAAGGCGCCCACGCCCACGCCUGUCAGGCCUGCCUCUCCUACUUCAAGACUCUCAGUCUCCCCCAUCAGGCCGGUCAAGUCCCCCAUCACCACACGCAAGCAAGUGGCCGUUGGCGCUGAUGUCCUGCCGCCCUGGAAGCAGGGAGACUACGUGUCAGAGGCCAGCUACACCAGCAUGACCACUAUCACCCAGCGGGGCCAGGAGCAGCGCUGGGAGCAGGUCACCGGAGUCAGAGAGGCUGAGGGAGGGAAAAGAGCCGGGGCAGUGGCCACGGUGAUGGCUGCCGUUGACCUCGCUCGUGUCCGUCAGCCUGUGCAUGUCAAGGGCGAUCCAGCUGAAGAGGAGGAGGCUGAGGCUGUAGAGGCAGAGUUAAGGCAGGAGGCCGCCGCUGCCGCCGCUGCCUUGGCUGCCGAUCAACAGUAUCAAGCCAGCCGGACAACAACAAGAGUACAGACUGGUCAAAUGCUUACUACUGCUCAAGAGUUUACACCUGAACCAACCCUGCCACCACCUCAGAUUCAGAAAACGACAGAAAUCAUCUCCCGUGUGGAAACUGGUCCCGCUCCGUCCCCAGUUCCACAUUUCACAGUUUCUAAAGUUUCUGUCCCAAAACAUGAACCUAGCUCUGAGGUUUCCAUCGCCGGCUCUGCUAUCGCCACUCUGCAGAAGGAGUUAUCUUCUUCCUCUGCCACAGCUAGAAAGAUCAUCAAGCCAGUCAAGUCUCCCAGUCCGUCCCGUACAGUGGUGGAGACCAGAAAGACACUGGAGCCAAUCCCUCCACCAUUCAAGGACUUCGCUGAGAAAUAUCAGAGUCACUUAGGCACUGAGUUACAGACUGGGAAGGUGUUCUCGGGGGGCUUGGAGAGAGUAUAUGAGGAGUGGGGAGUCCAGGUGAUGGAGGCAGCAGCUGUACCUGCUGCAGGUGGCGCCGUAGUCCCACCCACACUGGUUUCGGGCUUGAAGAACACAAAUGUGACAGAGGGCGAGUCGGUGACCCUGGAGUGCCAGAUCAGCGGUCACCCCACACCUGUCAUCAUGUGGUUCAGAGAGGACUACAAAAUUGAGAGCUCCAUUGAUUUCCAGAUAAGCUACGUGAACGGAUUCGCCCAGCUGGUGAUCCGUGAGGCAUUUGCUGAAGACAGUGGACGCUUCACCUGCACUGCCACAAAUGAGGCUGGAACUGUCAGCACCUCCUGCUACCUGCUUGUCCAGGUGUCCGAGGACAUCGAGGGCAGAGAGGAGAUGACUGUCAUCACUGAACGUGUUGAAACUGCUGAGAAACUAGUAACCGAAGAAGCCAAAGAGGAGGUGGCUGAGUCAGAUGCUGCGGCCGCCGCUCCCUUCUUCAUCAAGACACCAACCAUCCAGAAGCUGGUGGAAGGAGGAAGUGUCGUGUUUGAAUGUCAGGUUGGAGGAAGCCCCAAACCUCACAUCAUCUGGAAAAAGAGUGGUGUACCACUCACCACUGGAUACAGAUACAAAGUUGCCUACAAGAAGGAGACUGGAGAAUGCAAGUUGGAGAUCUCCAUGACCUUCGCUGAUGACGCCGGAGAAUACUCUGUCUUUGCCAAGAACAAGCUGGGAGAGGUCUCAGCCUCUGCCAGUCUGCUGGAGGAAGAGGAAUAUGAAGCCUACAUGAAGAAACAAGAAGCAACAUUUAAGACUGAAGUGACAGCCGUGGUGCAGGAGCCCAAAGUGGGAGAUGUUCCCCCCGUUGUGGUUACGACCAUGGAGCAGAUGACCACCACCAUUAUAUCUGGACAGGAAUUCCAUCUCUCUGCCAUUGAGCUGAGGAUCAUCCAGGAGAUUGAAUUCCGCAUUAUGAAGAUUACCUACAAAGAGAUUGUGACAGAAGAUGGAGAGUUGAUGGUGACUGCUGACCCCACUGAGGCCGUGCAGCCUGCCUUUGACACUCCCGUCAAAAACUACAGGAUCAUGGAGGGAAUGGGUGUCACUUUCCACUGCAAGAUGAGUGGAAUGCCGCUCCCCAAGAUUGCUUGGUUCAAAGAUGGCCAGCGUAUCAAACCUGGCGACCAUUACCAGAUGGAAGUUCUUCAAGAUGGACGAGCCAGCCUUCGUCUGCCUGUGGUGCAACCAGAAGACGAGGGCGUCUACACCGCCUUCGCCACCAACAUGAAGGGAAAUACUGUCAGCUCUGGGAAGCUCUACGUAGAGCCAUCCGGAGCUGGAGCACCUCAGAGAUUUGCACCACAGCCAGCGAUGCAGAGGAUCAGGUCCACAUCUCCUCGUUCUCUGAGCCGCUCACCCGGACGUUCUCCCAGCCGUUCUCCAGGACGCUCACCAGCCCGCCGACUUGACGAGACAGAUGAGGCUCAGCUAGAAAGACUCUACAAGCCUGUUUUUGUCAUGAAACCUGCCUCAUGUAAAUGCUCUGAGGGGCAAACCGCCAGAUUCGACCUGAAGGUUGUUGGCAGACCGAUGCCCGACACAUACUGGUUCCACAAUGGACAACAAGUGGUUAGUGACUACACCCACAAGAUAGUAGUUAAAGAGGAUGGUACCCAGUCCCUGAUUAUUGUCCCAGCCAUGCCACAUGACUCUGGAGAGUGGACAGUCAUUGCUCAGAACAGAGCUGGACGUUCGUCUAUCUCCGUCACCCUCACUGUUGAUGCUAAAGAAACUUUGGUGCGCCCCCAGUUCAUUGAGAAGCUGAAGAAUAUCAGUGUGAAGCAGGGUACUCUGGUUGAGUUGGCUGUCAAAGCCAUUGGAAACCCCCUGCCUGAUAUUGUCUGGCUGAAAAACAGUGACAUUAUCACCCCACAGAAGCACCCAAACAUAAGGGUGGAAGGAACCAGAGGAGAGGCCAAAUUCCAGAUUCCCUCAGCAGCUGGCUCAGACAGCGCCUGGUAUACAGCUACAGCCAUUAACAAGGCCGGCAGAGACACCACUCGCUGCAGAGUCAACAUUGAGGUGGACUAUGUUGAACCUGAACCAGAGAGGAAGCUCAUUAUUCCCAAAGGAACCUACAAAGCCAAAGAGAUCACCCCUCCAGAGGUGGAGCCCCUUCAUCUGCGAUAUGGUCAAGAGCAGUGGGAGGAGGGUGACCUUUACGACAAAGAGAAGCAGCAGAAACCACAGUUCAAGAAGAAGCUGACCUCUGUCCGAAUGAAGCGCUUUGGUCCAGCUCAUUUUGAGUGCAGACUGACCCCUAUUGGUGAUCCUAACAUGGUAGUGGAGUGGCUGCAUGAUGGCAAACCUCUGGAAGCUGCUAAUAGGUUGCGCAUGGUAAAUGAAUUUGGCUACUGCAGUCUUGACUAUGAAGUUGCUUACGCCAGAGACAGCGGCGUCAUCACCUGUAGAGCCACCAAUAAGUUUGGAGUUGACCAGACCUCGGCCACUCUCGUUGUCAAGGAUGAGAAAGGCCUUGUUGAAGAAACCCAGCUUCCUGAAGGCAGGAAGGGACUGCACAGAAUGGAUGAGAUUGAGCGCAUUGCUCACGAGGGAGGACCUACAGGAGUCACCGCUGAUGAAGAAAUAGAGAAGACCAAACCUGAGAUUGUCCUUCUACCUGAACCAGCAAGCGUGCUGGAAGGCGACAUUGCACGAUUCCGCUGCAGAGUGACCGGCUAUCCAGCACCCAAGGUUAACUGGUACCUCAAUGGGCAACUCAUCCGCAAAAGCAAGAGAUACAGACUUCGUUAUGAUGGUAUUUACUAUCUGGAGAUCACUGAAAUCAAAUCCUAUGAUUCAGGAGAGGUCAAAGUGGUGGCUGACAACAUCCUGGGCUCAGCUGAGCACACCGUGAAACUGGAGAUUAAGCAGAAAGAGGACUUCAGAACUCAUCUGCGCCGAGCCCCAGAGGGUAAGGUAGCUGAGGUACCCGAACCUGGAAAAAUGCCCUUUGAGGUGGUGAAGGUUGAGAAGCCCACAGAAGACUCUCAGCUGAAAGAGGUAGUCAAGCUCAAGAAGGCCCAGAGAAUCGUCCGCGAGAAAGCAACGGAGGAGACAGAGGAGCUGAGGAGCAAGUUCAAGCGCAGGACAGAGGAAGGAUACUACGAGUCCAUCACUGCAGUGGAGCUCAAGUCACGUAAGAGGGACGACUCCUAUGAGGAUCUGCUGAAGAAAACAAAGGAGGAGCUGCUUCACCACGCCAAGGAGAAGGAGGAGGCUGAGAAGAAGAAGGAGGAAGAGCGCCGCAAAAUUACAGCUAAACCUUUACAACCAGAGCGGGUCAAGCUUUCCGCCAGCAUGGAAGCUCCAAAGAUCCUGGAGCGUAUUACCAGCCAGACAGUCGCACUGGGCGAAGAAGUCAAGUUCAGAGUCAGGGUCGUUGGUAGACCAGAUCCUGAGUGCCAGUGGUUCAAGAAUGGUGUUCAGCUAGAGAAGUCUGACCGUAUUUACUGGUACUGGCCUGAGGAUCAUGUGUGUGAACUGGUGAUCAGAAAUGUCAGGGCCGAGGAUUCUGCCAGCAUCAUGGUUAAAGCUUUGAACACCGCUGGAGAAACUUCCAGCCACGCCUUCCUGCUGGUGCAAGCAAAGCAAGUCAUCACCUUCACACAGAAGCUGGAGGAUGUGAACGCCAAAGAGAAGGACACCAUGGCUACUUUUGAGUGUGAAACCAAUGAGCCUUUUGUCAAAGUCAAAUGGCUGAAGAAUAACAAGGAGAUCUUCUCUGGAGACAAAUACAGGAUGCACUCCGACAGAAAGGUCCACUUCCUGUCUGUGUUGGUGAUUGACAUGAGGGAUGAUGCAGAUUUCACCUGCAUGGUUGUAGAUGAGGACAUCAGUACAACCGCCAGGCUCAAUGUUGAAGGAGCCCCUCUGGAGAUCCUGAAGCAGCUGGAGAGCACUGAGGUUCCUGAGACAUACACUGGAGAGUUUGAGUGUCUCGUGACCCGUGAAGAUGCUGAGGGCAGCUGGUUCUUUGGAGAAAAGAUGCUCUCUCCCAGCAGUAAAUACAUCAUGUCCUCCCGCCGUGGAAGACACACCCUGUCCGUCAAAGAUGUCAAGAAGGAGGACCAGGGAAAAUACACCUUCAAAGUGGGCGAGCUCAAGACAAGUGCUUCACUGAAGAUGAAAUUGCGUCCAGUGACCCUGGUGCAGCCUCUGACGGACCUGACCGUCUGUGAGGGCGACAUCGCUCAGCUGGAGGUCAAGUUCUCCCAGGAGAAUGUUGAAGGAACCUGGAUGAAGAACGGGGACCCAGUCACCGCCUCCAACCGUGUGCACAUUGUUAUUGACAAACAGAUUCACAAACUUCUGAUUGAAGACACCACCAAGGACGACCUUGGAACCUACUCCUUUGUGGUUCCCGAUCAGGCAAUCACAACCUCUGCAAAGCUGGUCGUCCAGACAAUUGGCAUCUUGAUCCCUCUGAAGGACACUAGCGCCGUUGAGGGCACCAAGGCUGUUCUGGAGGCCAAGAUCUCUGCUCAGGAUAUCAGUUCAGUCAAAUGGUACCACGAUGACAAACUGCUGACACCCAGCGAACGAGUCCAGAUGGUGGCCAAGGGAGCCAAGCAGCGUCUGGUCUUCACCAGGACCUAUGCCUCUGAUGAGGGACACUACAAACUGGUUGUUGGCAGAGCCGACACCAGCUGCAGAUUUUCUGUCCAGACUGUCCAGAUUGUGAAACCGAUUACGGACAAGCAGUGCUCUGAGUCUGAGAACGUCACGUUUGAUGUUGAGGUUUCUCACCCGGGCAUUGACGCCUUCUGGACCUUCAAGAGGCAGCCUAUCAAAGCAGGCCCCAAGUACAAGAUGGAGUCCAAGAACAAGCGCCACACCCUGACUGUCUUGAACUCAAUGAAGGAUGCGGAGGGCGAGUACAUGUUCGCAGCUGGUGAGAAGAUGUGCACUGCUUCACUCACCGUGAAAGGUGGUGCUAUCAAGAAGCCCCUGCAUGACUUGGUGGUGGCCGACUCUCAGACCGCCAUGCUGGAAUGUGAAGUAGCCAACCCGUCCGCUGAGGGCAGGUGGCUGAAAGACGGUAAUCCUGUUGACUUUAAUGAGAACACACUGAGCGAGGUGGACGGCGCCGUCAGACGCCUCGUUAUCCUCAUCACCAAAGCCACCGAUGUCGGAGAGUACACCUACCAGGUCGCCACCUCCAAGACCUCAGCCACCCUUAAAGUCGAGGCUGUGAAGAUCAAGAAGACCCUGAGGAACCUGACCGUGGUCCAGACUCAGGAAGCAGUUUUCAGCUUGGAGCUGACCCAUGAGGAUGUGAAGGGAGCGCAGUGGAUCAAGAAUGGGGUUGAGAUCCAGCCCAGUAAUAAAUGCGAGAUCACUGUUGAAGGCACAGUCCACACCCUGAGGAUCAACAACUGCAACACACAGGACGAGUCUGUUUACUCUUUCAAACUGGGAAAACUGUCUGCAAACGCCAGACUGAACGUUGAAACCCUUAAGAUCCUGAAGAAACCAAAGGAUGUGACAUCACUGUUGGGUGCAACUGCUGUAUUUGAGGUGGGCAUCUCCGAGGACAACAUCCCUGUUAAAUGGAUGUUCAACAACACAGAGCUGAGGCAGGACGAGAACUACAGGAUGCUCUCCGAGAAGAAGACCCACAAACUGAUGGUCCAGGACGUGGACAGCAGCAAAGAGGGAGAGUACACCGUUGUUGUGGGCCACCUGCAUUGCAGCGCUCACCUCUUCGUCGAGUCCCUGCGAGUCACCAAACCCCUGAAGAGCGUCCAGGUUGCAGAGACCCAGGUGGCCACGUUCGAGUGUGAAGUUUCUCACUUCAACGUGCCGUCCACCUGGCUGAAAGAUGGCGUUGAGAUUGAGAUGAGCGAGAAGUUCAGGAUCGUGGUUCAGGGAAAACUGCACCAGCUGAAGAUCAUGAACACCAGCAGGGACGACUCGGCAGAAUACACCUUCAUCUGUGGGAACGACCGAGUCUCUGCAACACUGACCGUUAACCCCAUCCUCAUCACAACAAUGCUGCAGGACCUGAACGCUCAGGAGAAAGACACCGUCACAUUUGAAGUGAACAUCAAUUACGAGGGAAUCACAUACAAGUGGCUGAAGAACGGCGUGGAGAUCCGGUCCACAGACAGAUGCCAGGCUCGCUGCAAACAGCUGACUCACACUCUGAGCCUCAGGAACGUUCACUUUGGAGACAGCGCAGAGUACACCUUCAUGGCCGGCUCCGCAGUCACUACAGCUAAACUCUAUGUUGAGGCCCGUGUGGUUGAAUUCACCAAACACCUGAAGGACCUGAAGAUCACAGAGAAGAAGAGAGCAACUUUUGAAUGUGAAGUUUCUGAGCCGAACAUCCAGGUGAUGUGGAUGAAGGACGGUCAGGAGCUGGAGAUGUCCGACAGAUAUAAAAUGAGCUCGGAUAAAUUUGUGCACCGCCUGGUUCUGCCGUCAGUCCGCAUGUCUGACGCUGGAGAAUACACCGCCGUGGCCGGAUCAAGCAUGUCUAAGGGCACCCUGACAGUUGAGGGACGGGACAUUAAAAUCUCAGAACCUGUUAGCAGGAACAUCACUGUUGUUGAGAAACAAAGAGCAACCUUCGAGUUUGAGGUGAAUGAGGAAGACGUGGAGGGUCACUGGCUGAGGAACGGGGUGGAGAUCCAGUUUUCUGUGGAGGAGAGGUUCAGCUCUGCCACUAUCAGGAAGCUGCACCGCCUUACCAUCUCUGAGACCUACAGGAGUGACGCCGGCGAGUACACCUUCAUGGCUGGCAGGAACAGGAGCACCAUGAACCUUCAUGUCAGAUUGCCGGAGCCUCCUCAGAUCGUCCGCCAGAUGGAGCCCCAGACAGUGAUGUCAGGUAGAUCAGUUCGCUUCAACGUACAGGUGAGCGGCCUCCCUCAGCCUCAGGUGACCUGGUACAAAGACUCCCAGGCUCUGUCCACCAGCUACAAGUGCAAGUUCCUCCACGACGGAGAGGACCACGCACUGUUGCUACUCGAAGUCUUCCCCGAGGAUGCUUCUGUCUACAGCUGUGAGGCUAAGAACGACUACGGAGAGGCGACAAGCUCCGCCUCUCUUAUUGUGGAAGUUCCUGAGGUGGUUGAAACCGUGACUCAGGUGUCUCCUCCAGUCCUCAUCACUCCCAUGCGGGACGUCCUGGUGAAAGAGGGACAACCUGCCCAGUUCCAAUGGACCGUUUCUGGGGAAGACCUGCAGAUUUCUUGGUUCUGUGGUGACAAAGAGAUCAGACAGACAGACAUCUUCAGGAUGUCUCAUUAUGGUGACACCUGCCAGUUGGACAUUUCCAGAGUUCUCCAUAACCACGAAGGAGAGUUCUCAUGUGUUGCCUCAAAUUCGGCAGGAAUGGUCACAUGUGCUGCGACUCUGAAUAUCGAUGUAACUGCCGAUGAGCAGGAACCUAUGGUUCGGGUCCAGGAGGAAAUUAAAGUGAAACCUGUGUUCAGGCACAGAAUUGUCCCCAUGGAGAUCAACAUUGGCAACCCUGCCAAGUUUGAAUGUGAAACUGAGGACGCUCAAAAUGUGAGCUUCAAGUGGUUCAAAGAUGGACACCCCAUCAAAGAGGGUGAUAAGUACAGGAUUAUCAGUCGCUUCUGCACUUCCUCUCUGGAGAUUCUGAGCCCACACAAGGAGGAUGGUGGUGAAUACACCUGCAAGGCGUCCAAUCAACAUGGAAGUGAUGAAUGCUCUGCCUCUCUCAGCGUGACAGAGAAAUCCCCCCCUGCCUUUAUAACUAAACCUGACCCUCAGACUGUGUUUGUUGGAAAGAGGGCAGUGAUACAGUGUGUAAUAUCAGGAUCUGCUCCACUGAAUGUUGUCUGGUUCAAAGACAACCAGGCCUUACCCCAUGUGCCGACACACUACCAAACGUCUUGUGACAGAAAUAAGCACACUCUUGAGAUAACCAAACUUGAGCCAGCUGACAGGGGGCAGUAUGUGUGCAAGGUGUCUAAUAAUGUUGGGAUGGCUGAGUGCAGCACGGAGCUGCGUGUUAUUGAUAAGCCCAACUUUGUAAAGCCCCUGGGUCCACUUGCUGCUGUGCUUGGAGGUCCUCUGCACCUGGAGUGCCAGGUGGAUGAGGACACUGGAGUCACUGUCACCUGGACCAGAGAUGGUAGAAAAGUCCAUCAGUCUCCAGACUGUAAACUGUCUUUUGAGGAUAAGACAGUCACUCUUGAUAUCCUAAAGACCACAAUGAAAGAUUGUGGAAAUUAUGUGUGUACGGUGACAAAUGAAGCUGGGAGUGCAACUUGCUCCACCUCGGUGAAGGUACAAGAGCCACCAGUCUUUGUAAAGAGGCUGGAGGCCACCACAGUCUGGAAGCAAGGCAGCACCGCUCGGCUGCAGUGCACCGUCAAAGGAUCCCCUGAACUUCACACCACCUGGUUCUUUAACAACGAUGAGUUGUCCGCUGGAGGCAGAUAUGACAUUAGUAUGAAGGAUGGUGUCGCAACUCUUGAGAUAAGGGAUGUCAUGUUGAGUGACACUGGGAACUUCACCUGUGAGGUUCUCAAUGAGUCUGGCUGUGAAAGCUGCAGCACUAAAGUUACAGUAAAAGAACCUCCAUCUUUCAGAAAGGAGUUAGUGCCUUUAGAGGCUGUCAGAGGAUCUGUAGCUGUGUUGGAGUGUGAGAUUGCGGGCUCUGCACCGUUCGAGGUGGCUUGGAAAAAGAAUAAGAAACGUCUAUCAGCAGAUAAGAAGUACAGAAUAGUGUCACAGGGAGCCCUGGCCUCUCUGGAGAUCCACUCAUUUGAGAGUGCUGACGCUGGUGAAUAUGAAUGUGUCGUAUCAAAUGAGGUCGGGUCAGUAACCUCAACAUCAGUGACUAAACAGAGAGAGCCACCUAUGUUCUCAAAGAGGAUCGAGAGUGCUACAGCAGUGUUGGGAAAUACAGUGAAGCUACAGGGAACCCUUAAAGGCUCCGCUCCCAUCACUGUUAAAUGGAUGAAAGAUUCUGAGCUGCUGAGAGAUGAUGAUCCAAAUGUCAAAAUGACAUUUGAGAACAAUGUCACCAGCAUUUCCUUCUCCUCUGUUGAGAUAAAACACGGCGGCAAGUACACUUGCCUUGCCGAAAACGAGGCGGGACAGCAGAAAUGUGAAGCUGUCCUAACAAUUCAAGAACCUGCUAGGAUCAUAGACAAAGCAGCAUCCAUCAGUGUGACUGCAGGAGAGUCAGCCACGUUGGAAUGCACGAUUUCUGGAAGCCCAGAGCUCAAAGUGAAGUGGUUCAAAGAUGGGAAGGAGAUGAUCAGUGGCCGUAAAUAUAAGAUGACUGUGAAGGAGACCACUGCCAUCUUAAAGAUCCUUUCAGCAGAUAAAGGAGACACCUCAGAGUACACAAUGGAGGUGUCCAAUAAAGUCGGAAAAGACCAGUGCACCUCCUCAGUCACUGUGAUAGAUCGCGCAGUUCCACCAUCCUUUACCAGAUCUUUGAAGAAAGUGGACGGGAGUAUUGGUAGUGAUGUUACCUUGGAAUGCAGAGUUGCUGGAUCUCAGCCAAUGGUUAUUACUUGGUACAAAGACGAUAAAGAAAUCCACAGCGAUGACAAACAUAAAGUUGAAUUCAGUGAAUUUAAAGCCAUUGUGACCAUAACCAGCCUGGAACAAAGUGAUGGUGGCGUUUAUAAAUGCCGGGCCUCGAAUGAUGCUGGAGUAAAAGAAACCAGUGGUACUUUGUCCGUUAAAGAACCUCCAGUCUUCACGAUGAAACCUGCAUCCCAGGAUGCUGCACCCGGAUCAAAUGUUGUGAUAAAAGCAGUCUUUACAGGAUCGGCUCCUCUGGUUGUUAAAUGGUUCAGAGAGGAGAAAGAGAUUUUCACUGGGGGAAAGUGUUUCAUAAAGAAAGACUCCUCUUCAAGCUCUUUGGAGCUUCACUCAGUGAAAUCCAGUGACUCUGCUAAAUACACAUGCCAAGUAUCCAAUGAUGCUGGGAAGGUGGACUGCACUGCAGCCCUCUUUGUGAAAGAGGCCCCAACAUUUACAAUGAAGCUUGAGCCCUCACAGCUGCUGAAAUCUGGACUACCUCUGAAGUUGUCCUGCAAAGUGCAGGGCACUCCUGUUAUUACCAUCAGAUGGUUUAAGAAUGGCUCAGAAAUCGUUCCAGACCACAGACACACAAUGUCCUUUGACAGCUCAAUAGCAACCCUGGAUGUAGAGAACUGCUCUGUAGAGGACAGUGGAGAUUAUGUCUGUAUGGCGUCCAGUGAAGCCGGCAAAGACCAGUGCAGCAGCACAGUAACAGUGAAAGAGCCUCCAGUGUUUGUGAGGCCUUUUGAAUCAGCUGAGCUUGUAAAGGGGGGCGAAAUUUUCCUGGAAGGAACCAUUUCAGGUUCCCCUCCAUAUGAAAUAAGUUGCUUCAUCAAUGAAAAGCUGAUCAGAAAUGACAAAAGGCAUAAGAUCAGUGUUGAAAACGACAUCGUCACUCUUCAUAUUUCAAACUGUGAGCCUGGAGACGCUGGCACGUACCAGUGCACUGUUGCAAACGCUGUCGGGGAGACAUCUUGUUCUUGCCUGGUUUCAAUGAAAGAACCACCAUCAUUUAUUGAGAAACUAGAGGAUAUGUCCUGCACUGUGGGCUCUGAGAUCUCUAUGAAGUGUAUGUUGUCUGGAGCACUUCCCAUGACUCUCUCCUGGAUAAAGGAUGAUCAUGAGCUCACAGAAGACGAGCAUAUUAAGAUGUCCUUUGACAACAAAAGUGCCGAGUUGAAUUUGAGAAAUGCUCAGUUAUCCCAUGGCGGGAAAUAUAUCUGUAAGGCACAGAACAAAGCUGGGACUCAGAGAUGUGCCGCUGUACUCAUAGUAACAGAGCCAGCAAGUAUUUCAGAUCAUGCAAAGUCCAUCAGUGUAACGCAGGGUGACCCAGCCAGACUUGAAUGCAGAUUCUCAGGCACCAAACCGCUCAAGUCCAGAUGGAUGAAGGCAGGAAAGGAGCUGACCUCAGGCCGGAGAUACAAAAUAAAAACCACAAACACCAGCUCUGUGCUCACGAUAGUUAAAACAGAGCAAAGUGAUAGCGGUGAAUACACCUUUGAGGUUUCAAACAAAGCUGGGUGUGGUUCUUGCGAGGCAGCUGUUACUGUCUUAGAUCAGAUUAUUAAACCAUCUUUCACAAGAAAACUGAAGCAGACGGAAGGUAUCAAGGGAUCGUUCGCUCAUCUGGAGUGUCUUGUAUCCGGCUCCCUGCCAAUGAUUAUACAAUGGUACAAAGAUGAGAAAGAGAUCCAGACUGAUGAGAAACACAAAAGCACAUUCUUUGAGAAUGUUGCUUUCCUGGAAAUCAGUCGUCUUGACAGUAAAGACAGCGGCAGCUAUACCUGCAUGGCUAAAAACAAGGCGGGAUCCACCCAGUGCUCUGGAAUGUUGAUUGUUAAAGAACCACCAUGCAUCCUUGAAAAGCCUGAAUCCAUGAAUGUUUUGCCUGGGUCAAAGGUUAAAUUUAAUGUUCGUGUCUCUGGCACGCUGCCACUGAUCACCAAAUGGUUUAAAAACAAGAAAGAGAUUUUAUCCAGUAUCGACUGUAAUGUGAUCAAAGACAACACCUCAAGCUCACUGGAACUCUUCUUUGCCAAAACCUCAGAUUCUGGAGAAUAUGUCUGUGAAAUACAGAAUGAUGUUGGCUCCACGUCGUGCCAGACGACACUCUUUGUCAAAGAACCCCCGUUUUUCAUUGAAAAACCUGAAGGUGUAUCAUUAGUAAGAGUGGGAGAUAGUAAGGUGUUUGAGUGCACAGUUGCUGGUACUCCAGAGAUCUCUGUGCGUUGGUUCAGAGACGGAGCUGAGAUUCACCAAAGUUUCAAACACAAGAUGUUGUUUUUGAACUCUGUCGCCACCUUAGAGAUUUGUCAAGUUAGUGAAAAUGACAGGGGAAAAUACAUCUGCGAAGCCUGCAACGAAGCAGGCACAGAGAGUUGCACUGUUGAGAUCGAAGUGAAAGAGCCACCUUUGUUUGCUGAAGAGCUGAUGUCUGUUGAAGUUGUUAAAGGUUCCACUGCAGCAUUUGCUUGCAAAGUCGUAGGAACUGCCCCAUUUAAGGUCACAUGGUUCAAAGAUAACAAGCCAAUCAAAUCCAGCCAAAAGUACAUCGUUGAUAGCGAAAAUGUGAGUUUGAAGAUCCAGGACUGUAAAGUGGAAGAUGUUGGUAGUUAUCAGUGCAUCGUAGCCAAUGAGGCUGGAAGUUGUACUGGCUUUGCAGCUCUGUCAUUGAAAGUCCCUCCAACAUUUGUCAAGAAGAUAGAAAAUGUCUCCACUCUUUUGGGCGACGUUGCUGUCUUUCACUGCACAGUGGAAGGGUCUCUACCUCUCUCUGUACAAUGGCAAAAAGACGAGAACUGGAUCCCAGAGGAUCCAAAGAUUGAGAAAACGUACAAGAACAAAGAGGCUACUCUCAGGAUUCCUGCCUGUGAAGCAACUCAUGGCGGGAAAUACACCUGCCAGGUCGUAAAUGAGGCCGGGCAGGAUGAAUGCUUUGCCACCCUUGUAGUGCAAGAACCACCUACGAUCCAAGAGAAACCAGAAGUAGUCAAAGUGACUUGUGGAGAUCCGGUUAGUCUUGAGUGCAGGGUAGCUGGAACUCCUCAGAUCAGGGUAAAAUGGACUAAAGAUGGCAAUGAGCUCCAGUUGAGCAGAAAACAUCGUCUACGCUACCAGAACAACGUCAGCACUCUUAACAUACAGUCCUCUCAGCUGGCUGACGGGGGAGAGUACCUGUUUGAAGCCACAAACUCUGUGGGGACUUGCAGCUGUAAAAUCACAUUGGUUAUUUUAGAGGAAGUAAUUCCUCCGACGUUCAUUCGGAAGUUAACAAACAUUCAAGCAAUCAUGGGUUCAGUGGUUACCAUGGAGUGCAAAGUGGCCGGUUCUCUUCCAGUAUCGGUUGAAUGGAGCAAAGGGAAAGAAAAGAUCACCAAGAGCUCCAAAUAUGAACUUCUGCAUGAUGAAAAUACUGUUUCACUUCAGUUCAAACUGAGUGAGAGUUAUGAUACAGGAGAAUAUUCCUGUAAAGUUACCAACACAGCAGGCAGCUGUAUGUGCAGCGGAGUUCUCACAGCUAAAGGUUAGCAUUCAAAGUUUGAC